AUGUCCUGGCUCAAGUUACACAACCCUACUAUAGACUGGCCUAAUAAGCGUAUCACUUUUAAUUCUCAAUAUUGUAACAACUCUUGUCUUUCUUUUUCUAAUUCUAUCCUGGGAAAUGUCGGUGGGACUUCUAACCACCUUGAAGGCAUACCAGAAGACUUAGGAGGUGUUGAGGUAAUUGAACCUCUUGAAGGCAUCCCUAGGGAAACUGGAGGUACUGUGGAUUCUCCACUUGAAAGUAUCCCAGUAGAACUGCGCAAUUUUGCAGAGGUAUUCUCUGAGGACAUGAAGGUGACGGAACUGCCGCCGCACCGUCCUUUUGAUUUAGGGAUUGAUUUAAUCGAUCCUGAUAAACCUGUUAAGGCUAUGGUAUACCCCUUGAAGGCAUCUGAUGAUGAGGAACUUAGAAAACUUCUUAAAGAACAAUUGGAUAAAGGAUUGAUUCGCCCAUCCAAAUCCAAAUAUGGUUCCCCAGUUCACUUUGUCAACAAGAAAAAUGGGAAAAGGUGUAUGGUUGUGGAUUACAGAUCCCUAAAUGCAAAUACAGUCAAAAAUGCGUACCCCCUACCUUUAAUACAGUCUCUCAUUGAGAAACUAAGGGGUGCAAAAUACUUUUCCACCAUUGACCUGAAAUCUGGAUACAACUUGGUCCGGAUAAAGGAAGGUGAUGAAUGGAAGACUGCAUUUAAAACCAAAUACGGCCUGUUUGAAUACCUAGUCAUGCCCUUUGGGUUAUGCAAUGCUCCUGCUGCAUUUCAGCACUUCAUGAAUGAGAUAUUUAGGGACAUAUUGGACGUCUAUGUAGUAGUAUAUCUAGACAACAUCCUAAUAUUCUCAGAAAGCAGGGAAUUACACACAAAACAUCUCCAAGAGGUACUGAAAAGGCUGCAAGACAAUGCAUGCUAUUGUAACCUGGAAAAGUGUAAUUUCUAUGCGUCUGAAGUAGACUACCUUGGUGUCAUUGCCAAUGGUGAAGGAGUAAAAGCAGAUCCCAAGAAAAUCACUCAAGCGGUUGAUUGGGCAACACCGCGCUCUGUCAAAGGGGUUCAAGAGUUUUUGGGCUUUAUAAAUUUCUAUAGACGCUUCAUACACAACUUCUCAAAAUUGGCACAACCCUUAUACCAAUUACUCCAAAAGAAUAUACCUUGGGAGUGGGGUGAACGCCAAGAAGUGUCUUUUAAAGCUCUCAAACAGGCUCUAAUUGAAUCCCCUGUUUUAAUCCAACCUGAUCCAUACAAGGAGUUUUUCCUUGAGUGUGAUGCCUCUGAUUUUGCAACGGGCGCUGUCCUUAAUCAAAAGGGCAGUGAUGAUAAAUUACACCCAGUUGCAUUCCUAUCAAAAUCCCUAGCACCUGCUGAAAGAAACUACGAUAUCUUUGAUAAAGAGUUACUAGCGGUAGUAAGGGCUUUAAAGGAAUGGCGUCACCUGCUGGAAGGAACAGUAAUCCCUGUCAAAAUACUAACAGACCAUAAAAAUCUGGAGUAUUUCCAGACAAAAAGGGAUCUGAACCAAAGGCAGUUAAGGUGGAUGGGAUUUUUGGCAGAUUACAACUAUAGGAUUGUGUAUAGGCCGGGCGCACAGAAUAGAAAAGCAGAUAUUCUCUCUCGCCGUGAAGACCACAAGUCUGCGGUCAAAGGGGGGGGUGAAACCCCUGUGCUCAUAAGCCCAGAGCUUUUUAUUGCAGCUAUUCAAACAGAUAGUGACCUUAAUGACUUAAUAAGGGACGCUCUGCAUGAUGAUAAAGCUGUACACAAAAUCCUUAAAUCCUUGGAAGAGGAUAUACCUGUUAAAGGAUGGAAGAUUGAUAAUGGCCUACUGUACUAUCAUGAUCGGAUCUAUGUCCCCAAUGAGCCAGAAAUCAGGAAAGCCAUCUUAGAAAGCAGGCACAAUAACCCUUCCACUGGGCACCCAGGACAGUUCAGAACCCUAGACCUCCUCUCAAGGGAUUACUAUUGGUCAGGGAUGAAACAGUCUGUAACAAAAUAUGUCCAAGCAUGCGACUCAUGCAUACGUAGUAAACACUCCAACCGGGCUCCUGAAGGUCUCCUUCAAAACAUAGAUUUACCCAAUAAGCCCUGGGAGGAAAUAACGUAUGACUUGAUUGUAGGACUCCCCACCUCAGAAGGAUAUGAUGCAAUAUUAACAGUAGUGGACCAAUUAUCCAAAAUGGUUCAUUUUAUACCAACGCACUCUGAUGCUACUGCUGUUGAUGUUGCAAACCUCUUUGUAUCCUUUGUGUGGAAGUUACAUGGGUUACCCAGGAAAACCAUUUCGGACCAAGGCCCCCAAUUUAAUGCAAAAUUCUUGAGACAAGUCUACAAGCGGUUGGGGAUAGAACCACAUUUCUCCACUGCAUACAGACCACAAGUUGAUGGACAAAGUGAACGCCUAAACCAGUUUGUGGAAAUUUACCUACGCCACUACAUCAAUUAUAGACAAACAGACUGGGUUGCGUCACUACCACUUGCAGAAUUUGCGUACAAUAAUGGGAAACACUCAGGCUCCAAACACUCUCCCUUCUACAUGUGCUAUGGUUAUAAUCCAGACUUCACAGUUGGAAACACCAAGGAAAGCCAUGUCCCCCAAGCCGACGACCUAGCAGACUUCCUGAAAGAAAUCCAAACUGAAGCAAAAGCUGCUUUAGAAAUUGCUGCAAGACAAAAUGCGCAAUACUAUGAUCUAAACAGAAGGGAAGCAACCAAGCUGGAAGUUGGUGAUAAAGUCUAUUUGAGUAGCGCCAACAUCAAAACCUCAAGGCCUUCCCAUAAGCUAGAGCAUAAGCAAUUGGGGCCCUAUAAGGUCUUGGAGAAAAUUGGCAGGAACUCCUAUAAACUGGAUCUCCCUAAAUCCAUGAAGGUCCAUCCUGUCUUCAACAUUGCCCUUUUACACAAAAAACCAGUAGACAAAUAUGACCGUGAUCCAGUACCACUCCCCCCAGUUGUCACAGCUGAUGGAGAAGAGGAAUAUACUGUUGAAAGGAUCCUAGACUCCAAGAAAUUGUUGGCUCUGACAAGGUGGCGCAUAUUCCUGAGCAAUUUCAAUUUUGAGAUCCAUUAUCGACCAGGAAAGCAAUCGGGGAAACCAGACGCCCUAUCCAGAAGAGCAGACUAUGUAGAAUCUACCCAGGAACCAGAGGUUAUGCUACCGGCCGAGGUCUUUGCCAACACAUCGGAAGAGGAGCUGGAAAUAGUCACGGAAAUCCGCUCCAAACUUAAAGAGGAUCCAUCCCUGGAACCCAUUAUCCAAUUCCUCACUGAAGACGCAGACAAUGCUCCUCCCUCAAUUUGCAAGGCCUAUAGAGAUUAUGAUUGGGAAGAAGAUCUCCUCUGGUACCAAGGAAAACUAGUUGUCCCAGACGCAGAAAUCCUGAAAGAACGCCUUCUGAGGGAAUACCAUGACUCACCGCUAGCGGGACACCCAGGGCAACAACAAACCUUGGAAUUGCUCAGCAGGAACUACUGGUGGCCAGGAAUGAAGUCGUCUGCAAAAGAAUGGGUAGAAUGUUGCCUGAUAUGUCAAGCCAACCAAAGGACCCACGCACCAGUCAUUGCUCUUAAACCCUUGGAAGUUCCCCCAUUCCCAUUCCACACCAUCUCGUACGACUUCAUCACUGGUUUUCCCAAGUCACAGGGCCACAACGCUAUCUUAGUGGUAAUUGACUCAUUUUCCAAGUUUGGGCACUUCAUCCCCACUUCCAAGAAAGUUACCGCCAAAGGCCUUGCAGAUCUGUUCAUCACCCAUGUUUGGAAACUCCACGGAUUACCGAUCAAAACAGUCUCAGACCAAGGGACAACGUUCACAGGAAAAUUCCUAAGGGCACUGUAUCAACGCCUAGGAGUCAAACCCGCCUUCUCUUCAGCGUAUCAUCCAGAAUCGGACGGACAAACGGAAAGAGUAAACCAGUUCAUUGAGUUCUAUCUCAGGUCCUAUGUUGCUGCAGAUCACUCAGAUUGGGCAACAUGGCUGCCAUUAGCAGAGUACGCUUACAACAACGCUAAGCAUGCCGCUACAGGAAAAACCCCCUUUGAGCUGGUUUACGGAAGGAACCCAGUUAUGAAUCCAUCUAAUGUUCCUGCCAACGUCCCAGAAGCCGACCAAGUAGCCGAUACCCUAGCACGAGAAUGGAAAGAAGCGGAGUCAUCACUCAGAAUGACCAAGGAACGCAUGGCAGGCACAAGAGGAGUGGUACCAAAAUACUCUGUGGGCAAAAAAGUCUGGCUGAAUGGAAAAAACGUGGAACUUAGAACAAACUCCAAUAAGCUAGACCCCAAACAACUAGAACCGUUCAAAGUCACUGAAAAAAUCUCCAGUCACGCGUACCGCCUCAAGCUACCGGAAACUCUGAAAAUUCAUGAUGUGUUCUACGUAGGACUACUAUCUAAAACACACAAAUCCCCAAGUCAGCCAUUCCCGGACCAACCCCCUCCUGAAACAAUAGAAGGGGAAGAGGAGUACAAAGUUGAGCAAAUUAUUGACUCUAAGCGACAACAAGGAAAAUGGUUCUAUCUAAUAAAAUGGAAAGGGUAUGGCCCGGAGGACAAUUCCUGGGAGCCAGAAGAACUAUUGGAACACAGCCAGGAAGAGAUCAAGCGAUUCAACCAAGCUAGACUCAGAAAGGCUCGUGACGCUGCCAAGAGCCUUUAA